GAUUUGCGUUUAUUUUAAAAUCAACCAAAAGAUUCGUUUCCGAAAAUUAUUCCAUGUAAUACGUAUCAAGAAAAAAAUCGCAAAUUACUACUCUAAACCGAAUCCCUCAGCGUUUGAAAUGGCGAGCGUCAGUUUUUCUCAUUCCUCAACUUUCGGCUAGAGUAAAAGUUACGAUAAUUUGUUCGUGAGUGAUAUGAAAUUGAAAAACUGUGAGACAAGCAGAUGAAUCUCAAAUUAACCUGCGUCGUCGAUUAUCGAUGAUACUGAGAUUCGAUUUUUGAAAUAAUUUCACGAAAAGAGUUAAGCGACUACCUAAUCUACAUGAGGUGAUAAUUUGAUCUUUGAUGAUUAUAUUUUUACCGGUUCCGUUUUCAUUUACCUAUCUACUGACUGAGCAGCUUCAAAUUGAAUUCAAUUAUUUUCAAAAUACAGACACGUGUUGAAUUUGAUUUACAAAUACGCAUACCAGAUACCUACAACCUACAUCUGUUGCCAGAAGCCGGAACCAUCUCAUAUAAUUGUUUGUCUUGUAACCGCCAUGCCAGUUGGAAACAAAGGGAAAUAGCCAUGAGGUAUAGAGUUCGUGAAAAAGACAGCAGAAGAAUAGGAUAUGUUUUUGAAGACGAUCCUCUGCAAGAUACACCUACUGAUAUGACCGCAGUUGAGAACUGGAAAUCUGUCAUGACCGAAUUGAACGAGAAGAAAAUUAAACAUAAAGAACUAUCCACUUCCAAAAAAACGAUCGAUUCAUCGUUUGAUUCCGGUAUUCAACAGGAAUAUAAUUCAGAUAGUGACGAAGUGUGUAAUUCUAUCUGCAUGACUUUGAACAAGUUAGUGGAGCUUUCGAAAGAACAAGAAAUCUAUCUGCGUAACUCGCCGGAUAUUCAUCAUGGUGUUUCGGAAAAUAAUCCAGCGACGGUACCGUCUUACGACCAAAAUAAGUAUCCCGAUAAUAUAUUAUACAAGAAUAUCGAUUCAUUGUCAAUCCAAAGUAGCAGUAGUGAAACAAAUAAUUUGGUCGAAGAAAUGAUAAUGAAAAAUUCAUGCGCUAAGGAUAAUGCAACAGAAAUCGCGGUCCCAGCAACGGCGUUAGGAAGGUAUACGGAUAAUUCAUCGGCUAGAAUCAACGCCUAUAAACAUUUAUCUCGUUCUGCUCAAAAUCUCAAUACCGAUACCGUCGCUGAUCCUAAUGGAGAUUCGUUUCAAUCGUUACCAUUUAAAAGAAAUUAUAUCAAGAAUACAAUCAAGAGUAAAAAUAUCGUACCGCAAUCGAAUAAAAACGAUUCCGAAGUAGUCAUAGCUAUUGAUAUUGGUACCACGUUUUCUGGAUUUUCAUUCGCCAUAGAAGAUUCGCCAUCUAGUAGUGUAAAUAUAAUGAAGAGUAUUAAAGAUCCGAGUAUGAGAAAAUUACCUUCGAUUUUAUUACUCAAUUCUCGUACUGAAUUUCACUCGUUUGGAUACGACGCUAAGGAUUAUUUUCUCAGUAUCGAGCAACGGACUUCUUCUUUAUCAACUCAAUGGUUGUUAUUUGAAAAGUUCAAAUUGCAGUUGUUGAAUUUCAUUGACAUAGACCGAGAAUGUGAAAUCAAAGCUACAAAUGGUAUCUGUGUUCCAGCCCUGACCGUAUAUACCAGAACGUUGAAUUAUUUCAAAUGUUUAGCUCUUCUAGAAGUAUCCAAUGUUUUACAAAAACCUAUUAAGAAGGAUCAAAUUAGAUGGGUUAUCACUAUACCCGUGAUGUGGUCCGUAAAGGGGAAAUUAUUCAUGCAAGAGGCUGCAUUUAAUGCUGGUUUAUGCACAUUGGAGACUAAAGAAAGACUGAGAAUUAUUUACGAACCGGAAGCCGUAGCUUCGUGGUGUAAUCUGUUAGGUUGGAGUAAAAUUACAGCAGAUCAUGGACAAUCUAACUCGUCGAGUGAAAAUUACGUCAUGCUUGUUAACUGCGGCGGAGGAUUGGUUGAUGUGACGAUUCACCAAACCAAUGAUAAAUAUAUUUCUAUUAUUACGGAGAUCCAUAAAGCUUCAGAAACGAUUUAUAGUUCACAUUAUAUUAACGAAGAAUUUCUUCAACUGAUGAUUUUGAUAUUUGGCAAUAAAUUUGUUAAUUCGCUGAAAUCAGAAAAGCCAGCUUCGCUGAUUGAUUUGUUGUACCAUUUCGAAUUUUGUAAAUGUUUCCUUUCCAAGAGUACGCAUAACUCGUCUUCAGCGAAUUUAUUCGUUGGUCGGUAUAUCGCUGACUUUUACAAGAAAAUUACUGGAAAACAAAUGAGCGAAACAGUCGUAAAUUUUAGUCACGAAGACGUAACUUGGAGUGAGCAAGGAGCUAUUUGUAUAAACGCGAAUUUAUUACAAAGGCUAUUUCAACCAUUAACGCAAAAAAUCAUUAAACUCAUAAAACAAAUUCUACAAAACAGAUCCGAUGCGAAACCUAUAUCACGAAUUUACUUCGCCGGAGGUCUUACAAAAUCUCACAUCUUCCAAGAAAGCUUAAAAGAUGGCCUGGAAGAUUCAGUUUCAUUAAUUUUUCUACAAGAAUCCGAGCUGUGUGUUUUGAAAGGAGCAGUUCAAAGAUCCAUCGCUGAUACUUCAAAGUGUUACAAAAUGACGCACUCUUACGCGGUAGGAGUCAUGAAACAGUUUCAAAAAGAUAUACAUCCUUUAGAAAAAAUGGUAUCAAAAGACGGCCGAAAAUGGUGCUGCGAUUUACUCGACUGGUUAAUAAAAAAAGAUCAGAUUUUACAAAAAGGCGAAGUAAUUCUAAAACGAUAUACACCCACCGCGUCGCAGCAAUCUUGCAUCAUAAUCAACGUGUAUAUAGUCGAAAAUAAUGAUUCUAGGUUCGUUACCGAUAACGGUGUUCACAACUGCGGUGCAUUGCGUCUAACCACUUCUCCGUCGAACGCGACAAACCAGCACGAAAUUCUAUUGCAAUUGAUUUACAACGGAAAGGAAUUCAUCGCAAAUGCUCUAGACACGAUGACGGCGCGUUGUACGCAAACUAAAUUAGAUAAUUUAUCUUAUCUGUGACGAAAUUUACGCUACAAAGUACGUCUAUAUCCGGUUUCUUCCUCGUUUAGCGUAGACAGUA